GGUUGUUAGGGGGGAGAGGAGAUGACGUCAUGCUGAAGAAACGAAACCUAAGGUCCAUUAGAAACCUAAGCCAGCCGACGUGGAAGCAGUUCUCUCUUUCAGGAGAAAAUAAGACGCAUUUCGGAACAGAUUGUCGGAGAGACAGGAACAACAACAAGGAAUGGCCUCUUCUAACACUUCCUGGUCUGAGGAGAACUUUACAUGUUCCAUCUGUCUGGAUGUCUUCAGCAGCCCAGUUUCCACCCCAUGUGGACACAACUUCUGCAGAAUCUGUAUUACAAAAUUCUGGGAUGAACAAGUCCAGUACAAAUGUCCUGUUUGCAACGAGCUUUUCCGAACUAGACCUGAUCUACGGGUCAAUACCCUCUUAUCAGAGCUUGCAGCUCAGUUUAGAACGACCGAACAAGUAGAAGAGCAGCCUUGUGUUGAACCAGCAGGAGUUGCCUGUGACGUCUGUACUGGGACCCAGCUGAAGGCCGUGAAGUCCUGCCUUGUGUGUCUCAUCUCUUACUGCCAAACCCACCUGGAGCCACAUCAGAGAGUCGCAGGCCUGAAGAAACAUCGGCUGGUUGAGCCUAUGGACCGUCUGGAAGAAAGGAUUUGUACGAAACACAAUCAACUUCUGGAGCUCUUCUGCCAGACUGAACAGGAGUCUGUCUGUCAGUUCUGCACAGAGACAGACCACAGGUCCCAUACUGUUGUACCUCUAAAGGAGGAAUAUGAAGUGAAGAAGGCCCAGCUGGGGAAGAUGGAGGCUGAAGUUCCACAGAUGAUCUGGGGGAGAAAACUAAAGAUUAAGGAGAUCGAAGACACAGGAGACAUGAGCAAGGACGACGCAGACAGAGAGAUAGCUGAUGCUGGGCAGGUCUUCAAUGCUCUGAUAUGCUGUGUUGAAAAGUGCCGGGAUGCUUUCAACCAAACGGUAAAAGAGAAACUGAAAUCCACAGAAAAAGAAUCUGAAGAAUUCACCAAAGAGCUGGAGCAGGACAUAGAAGAUCUGAACAAAAGAAGCUCAGAGCUGAAGCCACUCUCACACACUAAAGACCACCUCAACUUCCUCCAGGCCUUCAAAUCCCUGAAGGAUCCUCCAGCCACCAGGGACUGGACGACGGUGGAGGUACGUCCUCCGUCAUACGUAGGGACUUUGAGGAGAUCCCUGGAUCAGCUGGAGGAGACACUGAACAUGGAGAUGAAGAAGCUGCGUGGUGCUGAUCUGAAGGGGGUCCAGCAGUGUGAAGUAGCUGCGAGUCUGGAUCCUGAUACAGCUCGUCCCGCACUCAUCCGGUCUGAGGAUGGGAAACAAGUGAAUCAUGGAGAUGUGGUGAAGAAACUCCCAGCCAUCCCUAAGAGCGUUAUCCAUGUUCAGCCUGACCUGAAAACAGGUGUAAAGAAAUAUUCCUGUGAACUCACACUGGACCCGAACACAGCCCACAAACAUCUCUCUCUGUCUGAGGACGACACAGAGGUGACACAGGAAGGAUGCAAUCAGGGGUAUCCUGGUCACCCAGAAAGAUUUAACUACUACAGACAGGUGUUGUGUAGAGAGGGUCUGACUGGCCGCUGCUACUGGGAGGUAGAGUGGGAAGGAAAGGUGGAUAUAGGAGUGACAUACAGAGGAAUCCAAAGGAAAGGAAGAGGGGAAGACGCUGAGAUUGGACGGUAUGCAGAUUCUUGGUGUCUUCAAUGUGAUGGUGAAGAUGACAACGCUACCUGGUACAACGAGAAUCAAGAAGAAUGGUCUCCCCUCCCGUGUAACAGAAUAGGAGUGUACCUGCACCAAUCUGCUGGCGUUCUGUCCUUCUACAGUGUGUCCUCAGAUUACGGCGAGCCCUCAGGAAAACUGACACACAUCUUCAGCUUUCAUUCCACAUUCACUCAGGAGCUCUACCCUGGGUUUCUGUUACAUGAUGUUGAUUCCACAGUGUCUCUUUGUCAGUUGUAGUCUCCCUCUCUCCCACCCUCCCUCAUUGAUUGCAUGGCAGGGGUGAUCUCUACAGAGUGGUGAGGUGUUGAGUGGUGAUAAUCUACAGUCAUGUAAAGUAGUUUUUUUACUGCGGGUCUAGGGAGGGUAUUUUGGUCUUUGUAGCUGGGCCGCAUUUCUAAUAGGUCACAAUGACAGAGUUGACCAAAGUCUCACCGAAGCACUGUGUUAAGGUUUUGCAGAUGUUUCAGUGUUCGCUUGAAGCGUGUGUGUUGUAUGUUGCUGAGGCCGUGGGCCAUGGUUGAGUACAUUCUGUCCAAAACAUGGAAGGAGUGAAAAUCGUAGACUAUUUUGGAAACAAAGAAAAUAAGUAAAAAGUUAUUUUUGUUUUAAUUUUUGUUUCUAUUCUUUGAACCCCCCCCCCCCCCCCCCCCCUAUUAAAUUUGCUGUCAUUUGCAGAUGGCUUUGCAUAGGCCUCACAUACUGAACAGCACAGAGAGUUGUCUCUUUGACAGUAUGUGAGCCACUUUCUGUUAAUACCAUCUUUCGUCUCAUAUAUCCCAACACCUGUUCUGGGGGGUUGUUGAGGGUGGAAGUUAAAAACUGGCAAAAACUUUGGUGGCUGGGCGUGCAAAAGAAGUAAAUCCCUCACCCUCAUCUGGGUGUAUAGCUAGCUCAGCUUCCCCUUUGCUGGACCCUGACUCUGCCUGGGUUGACUACAGAGCUACAUCUGCAAUAGUGGAUAUUCUUUUAAUUUAUGUUUUUUAUUAUUUCGAACAUAAUCUUGGGUUUUUAUUUCUAUUCAUAAAAAAAUUGCCUAUCCAACCCUGCACACUUGCCCUUGUACCUUUCACUUUUUCUUUGUUGGUUUGUGCUCCAUACUCAUCCUUCUCCCCCUCCUCCUCAUCCCCACCAUGCCUGGAGUCACUCUUCGUCUCAGCAUCACCUCCACUACGGUCUCUGUCUUGACUAUAGUGAAAAGAUAAGAUCGAUUCUUAAAAAACUUAAAUAAAACUUUAAUACUUUGCAUAGGCCUACUGUAUUUAAACAGUACCUGCACACUUAAACUGCUUUUAUUCCCGAUAUAAUCUGAAUUUAAUUACGAAGUUGUAAUGGGACACAAAAAUGCUGGUCUUAAUAUUUACAUUUCUGUAUGUACUGUUUACUGUUUAAUUACUGUAUGCAUGUCGGUCUGUUUGUCUGAUUCUUGUCUAUUUGUUUCUUGUGUGUAACACCAAGGACCAAGCUGGAAAUAAGAAUUACACUUUUGCAUUUUGCAUGUCUUUGGGUUACUGUUUUAAUGUCUUGAUCCAGAAAUAAAGCAAAUCAAAUCAA